AUUUUUGAAACUAACUCCGCGCCAUUUUUUACUGUAUCGAGUUUUUUGUCUGUUUAUACAUAAGUAUUUGUUGUUUGUUGUUAAAUAUAAAUUAUUAAUAAGAAAAAAUGGAUAAAAGCAAUACAAUGGAUCAAAACUCUUUGGGCAUAUUAAGCAUGGAAAAUCUUAAAGUGUUUGGAGACAUGUCGAACAACAGCCGCAGUCGAAGAGAGUCUUCAAAUGUUCAUGAGAGACUUCAGGCUGAGCGUCAGAAGGCUUUGGAAAUGCUGGAAAAGCCGCGCUUACGCUCCUCACGCCCCUCACCAAGUCCUUCCAUUAGUACCAACAUUUCUGAGUUGAUAACUGAUGAGACAAUUGAUUUAAAUACCAGUGGUUCCUUUGCCUUGGAAACACCUUGUGCUGCUGUAUCACGUAGAAAUAUCAGUUUUGAGCCAGCUGAAAUCACGGGCAGAUCCACACUGUGCCAGCACGAGAAACAGCAAAGGAAAAAAAACAUUUCAGUAUCUGAUAUAUUAAAGAGUUCAUUUGUUGAGAAAGCCCGUCUACUAGAAAAGAAACUGCCAUCUAAUUCCAAUUCGCAUACAAAUUCCAGUCUGAUGGACUCUUUUAGCUGCUCCCGCAGCCUGCCGCGCACCGCAGAUCUGAGCAAUUUGAGUUUAAACGGUGGUGCCGGUUUCUCAUUUGGUUCAUCAGCUGCAGCAGUCGCUUCUGAAAAUAAUUGUGAUGAAUCUUUUGCUCCUGCCGAGUUAAUGCACUCGAAAUUAGUUUUGGGGGAAAUUUCCUGGGCGCAGGCCUAUACAGCCAUGCCGACUGCUACGCUGAGUAAGCAAGCCCUGGAAAAAAUUAAAGCUCCAGCCAACAGUAGCGAUAUAAACAUCUCCAGAACUAAUUCUGUUUUGGCUGGCGAUCCGGAUUUCUCCUUGGGCACUUAUUUCCAAACUCGCUCUGAAAAUAUAUGGAACAUUGUGGGCCAAGGGGGCACUCCAGCCAAUCAAGACGAACCUCAGGCUCUCGUCGAUUUAGAUUUAAAGACCCCGCAACCAGAAAAUAAAACCUAUACAAAGACUGUUGAAACGGAAAGUAAACUUGAACGUAAUCUCUGGAAGCGGAAGCAACAAGAAAAGAUUGAAAAACAGAAAGCAUCGGAGAUAUUAAGUCUAUCGGCCAUUGAUAAAGCCUUGAGAAGUCUGGACUUGAAUUCCGAUACAUCGACCGUAGAGGUGGUCAAUAGGCUAAAGGGCGAUGUGUCCCAUGGCCGUCGAAACGACGAGGAUAAGGAGAAUGACCAAACACUAUGCGACCAAACUCAAAGUUUCACCGAUUCAUUAUUGAAUUCUACAGAUUUUAAGCAUUUGCAAAAGAGCAUAACACGAAAUCCAUUAAGUCCGUUGGCAGAGCAGCCACAAAUAAAAGUAACAGGUGUCCAAAAUCAAGAGGAUAAUAUAUCGUCCCAUGAGGCGGAUAUAGAUGAAUGGCCUUCAACACCCAUCAAAUCACCAGGGCGAAGAGUUCGCCGCACUAAGCUAUCCCCCAGAAAUGUGAGUCCAUGCAGCAGUGAGGGAGUGCGUCCAUUAACCACAACCACAGAGGAAGACGAUGAAGAUGAAGAUGAAGAUGAGAGGACCCCUGUGAAUAAACCGAUUGCUGCAAACAAGAGGCUAAGUCUGCCCCAGCCGUCAUCACUGAGUUCCACACGUCUCGACGGCUGUGAGGCAGUGGCUUCGUCGACAGAAUGUGAUUUUGGCGUAUCACCAAAUCUACCAAAUAAGGCCUCGCCAAUGUCUUCGCCCAGAAGUUGCAUAUCUUCGCCUCUGCUGGAUAGCACAACCAGCUCUGACAGGCGAAUGCUUACCACGGCCACUGCUUCGGUGCAUGGGGCAGCUGCUGCUGCUGCACGAAAAACUCAAUCUUCACCUGCUGGCAGUGAGCGCAGCACUGGUCUCUCUUCUCGUUGCUCCAAUUCCAGUGAGUUUAGCCAUCGUGAUGGCAAAAGAUUGCCACUGAAGGUCACACACACAAGCUUAUGUUGGGGCAGCACUAAGUUGCGCACAGAUGUGAGAAAAUCGUUGCAGAUAAAAAAUACAGCGGAUAAAAGACUUGCCGUACGUUUGGGCAUUCAGGGACCAGGUUUCCAAUUAGUGGGCAAUGAAAGUUCGACCAUUACUUUGCAGGCCUUAGAAUGUCGUUCGAUAAUGAUUAACUUUUGUCCUACCGUAUGUGGAGCGGCAAUGGGUGCUCUACUAUUCUAUGCCCCAUUGGGUGGAGCUCAACCAGGCAUGGAGAUUCCAUUGUAUGGCUAUGGUGGCAAUGCAUCGAUAUCAAUACAAGGACUACUGAAAGGACCAGUUGGUGCCAGUUUUCUAACUAUUGGAGAUGUUUGUGAACUUUCCUCGGGUGGCCCUCUGAAGGCCACUUGCAAGUUUUAUAACAAGGGUCCUCUUACUGCGUUUGUUAGCAUCUCUGUGGAUUCCACGGUGCUGAUGAAACUGCGACUAAGCGAAGCAUUUGAAGUACGUCCCAGUCAAAUGAUCUUGCCGCCGCAUUCAGAACGCAUAGUUGAAAUACAAUUUCGUCCCAAUCGUGACGAUAUGAAGAAUAUUUUAAAGAAAUCUUCCACCCAGCAGGUCUUGACAUUGGCCAAUAUGCGCAUCUUUUGCGGCGAUGAACCGAACCGGCAACGUAUGCGGAAUCUUAUCCAAAGAAUGUCAAAACGACAGCGUGAACAUCUGACUUCGUCUAUGUUGGAUAGUGUUUGGUCUAACUUCCCAGAAGAGCAGAUCAUACGAAAUUUAAGCCAACUUAAUGAACCAGCUGAGUUCAUACUGGAUCUGGUCACUGUUGUUAGGAUUAUCGAUGUGGCCCUAACCUUAAAUCGAGACUUUGAUGAGUCGGCAGAGUCGUCGCUGUUAUUCCUUCCCGAGGCGGAGGAAACUGUUCUAUUUCGUACCAUAUGUCAAGCUUCUAACUCUCCUACACCCACUCAGAGUCACAUGUUGGAGCCAGUGGACGAAUUGGAACAGGAGGCAGAUACAACAACCACCAUUCUACCCAAUUGGAGCGUUGAUCCUUAUGUCAUUGAAUUUGAUCAGGCUUCUAUUGGUCAAGUUGCUAAACUCAACAUUAAAAACAAUUUUCGCUCCCGUCAGCUGAUAGAAAUUAAUUGUAAUAGAACUGAUAUAAUUGAGCUCUCACCUAGGGAAUGUUAUGUUUCACCCGAUGGUGGACAGAUUGACAUUCAAGUGAAACUCUUACAUAGCCCACCAUGUCGCAGAGGUGCAAGCACCAGCACAGAUAUUGUCAUUUCAGUUGCUAUGGAGAACGAACGUAUUCAAGUGCCAGUUAUCAUUAAAGUUUAAGUAUUUAAACAAAAAUAAAAUA